AUAAAAAAUAAAGAGAAGCAUAAUUUCGAAGAUCUACUCAACGUGCAUAUAAAAUUUCCAAAGUCGCUUCGAUGUCUUAAACGCAAAAUGUUAUUUACGAUCGAGAGAUACGCAAUUCGCGUGAGUGCGCGUUAUUUACGGCGAUGUUUCUCCAACAGCGUUAACAUUUCGACAAAUGAUUCGCAAGAAUUUGCUUUACAAGUCAAUGAAAAUCAUACAUCGAUACAUCGUGAAGCUGAAAAGUCUUUGAAGAUUGCUUUUCUAGGUGCACCAAAUGUUGGAAAAAGCACACUCGUUAAUCAACUUGUUAAACGAUCGGUAUGCCCUGUAUCCUGCAAGGUUCAUACCACACAAACUAAAGCACGUGCAAUUUAUUGCGAAGGUGAUACUCAGCUUAUAUUUAUGGACACGCCUGGUAUGGUUUCCCUGGCUGAAUGUAAAAAGUUCAAGUUAGCCGAUAGUUUCAAAACAGAUCAAAAAGCCUCCUUGAAUAUGGCAGAUAUUAUAGGAAUUGUACAGGAUGCAGAUAAUAUAUAUACCAGACAUAAGAUCGAUUCAAAUAUAUUAGAAAUUUUGACAGAAAAUAUAAGGAACAAGAUUCCUAUAAUUCUGAUCAUUAACAAAGUGGACAGAGUAAAGAAAAAGGAUAUAUUGUUAGACUUUGUAUACAGCUUGACCAAGAGCAAGAAGUCUCCAAAUUUCAAUGACGUAUUUAUGAUAUCUGGUUUGACUGGAGAUGGUGUUGAUGACUUGAGGACUUACUUGUUGGACUCAGCUAAGCCACAAGCCUGGGAGUAUGAAGGACAUAUUUACACUGAAAAUACGUGCCAAGAUAUAAUAUGGCAGACAGUAAGAGCAAAGCUGCUGGACAUUCUACCAAAUGAGGUUCCUUAUCGUUUAGAGGUGAAGUUAGAACACUUUGAUCCAGCACCUGAUGACAGUGUUAAUGCCCUGGUAUCCAUCAUGUGCCCCAACAAGCGCAUUGCUCGUUUAUUAACACGUGGCCAGAAUAAUAGAGUACAUCAAAUCGCUGUUAUGGCAGAACAGGAACUGCGCCAUGCUUUUCGAACGUCAGUGAGAUUAAAGUUAGCUGUGAAAUCUUUAAUAUGA